CAAAGCUCAAAAGGUAACAUAAGAAUCACCGCAAAAAAAAAAAAAAAAAAUCACCAUGGGAGGACUCGACGAAGCUUUUAUCCAAGCUCCUGAACACAGACCCAAAACUGAUCUCAAAAACUCCGGUGACUACAUUUACUCCAACGAGAUCCCGACCAUCGACCUCUCUUCUCUCCAAGACCCAGACUGCGACAAGACCGCGCUCGCGACAGAGAUUGCUGAAGCAUGCAUGAGGUGGGGGUUUUUCCAGGUGGUAAACCAUGGCUUGUCGUUGGACUUAAAGCGUCGGGUGGAGAAGACGAUGGCGGAUUUUUUCAGUCUAACGUCGGAGGAGAAAAGAAGAGUGAAAAGAGACGAAGUGAACCCUAUGGGUUAUCACGACGGAGAACAUACCAAAAACGUUAGAGACUGGAAAGAGAUUUUCGACUUCUUUUUGCAGGACUCGACGACGGUUCCGGCGACUACGGUGCCGGAAGAUACCGAGCUCAGGAAUCUCACUAACCAGUGGCCUGAAAACCCUUCCGACUUCAGAGAGGUGUGCCAAGAAUAUGCAAGAGAAGUUGCGAAGCUUGCUUUCAAGCUUUUGGAACUUAUCUCAAUUAGUUUGGGUCUACCCGGUGAUCGGUUAACGGGGUACUUCAAGGACCAAAUAAGCUUUUUGCGGCUUAACCAUUACCCUCCUUGCCCGAACCCGGAGCUAGCAUUAGGCGUUGGACGCCACGCAGACUCGGGAGUUAUAACCGUUUUGGCCCAAGAUAGUGUGGGUGGGUUACAAGUAAGCCGUAGAUCGGAUGGACAAUGGAUCUCUGUGAAACCGAACCCUGAUGCUUUCAUCAUUAACAUUGGCAACUGCAUGCAGGUAUGGACAAAUGACAAGUAUUGGAGUGCCGAACAUAGAGUGGUAGUGAACUCAAGCAAAGAGAGAUUCUCAAUGCCAUUCUUCCUUUUCCCAUCCCAUGAAGUCAACAUUGAGCCAUUGAAGGAGCUUAUAGGCGAAGACAAUCCACCUUGUUACAAAAAGUACAAUUGGGGCAAGUUCUUUGUUACGAGAAACAGAAGUAAUUACAAGAAGCUCCAGGCUGAGAACAUCCAGAUUGAUCACUUUAAGGCCACUUAAUUAAUCAUUCUAUUUUAUCAGCACAACACAUCCUCUUAUUAAAAGUAAUAUAUAUGUAACUUGAAAAUAUAUCAAAUAAUAAAAAAAGAGAAAUUAUUAAAAAUA